AUGUCCAGCCAACCCCUCCUCCAAACUGCCCCGGGCAAGCGCAUCGCGCUCCCAACCCGCGUCGAGCCCAAAGUCUUCUUCGCCAACGAGCGUACCUUCCUCUCCUGGCUCAACUUCACCGUCAUCCUGGGCGGUCUCGCAGUCGGCCUACUGAACUUUGGUGAUCGCAUCGGUCGGAUCUCCGCCGCGCUGUUCACUGUCAUUGCAAUGGGUGCGAUGAUCUAUGCCCUUGUUACAUUCCACUGGCGGGCGCAGAGUAUCCGCCGUCGUGGGUCGACGGGUAUCGACGACCGUUUCGGUCCGACUAUUCUUGCUAUUGCUUUGCUUGCCGCUGUGGUUGUCAACUUCAUUCUGCGCAUUCGCGAUGGACAGAUGAACUAG